CUACAAAUCCGCCGUGUGCCCCUUUGAGACCGUCCUCCGCCUCCAUCGAUACUGUGGCGCGCAGCGUAGACAACAGCACUUACUGGUAGCCAAGGGGGCGGUACCUCAGAGCACCGCCACGAUGUCGACGUCGAACGGGUGGGACAUCGUCGCUGGCGCCGAGGGCAACAUCACCACCGGCUUCACAUGGGAACCGCAGCCGAUGCGAAGGGGUACUUUCAGCAUCAUCUCAUCAUGUUUUGUGACGCUCGCCCUGUGUACAUGGAAGAUCGUGCACCUGAACCUGCCGGGCACGUGUCCGGAUGAGACCCUUCCGUGGACGGCAUGGUUCAAGAAAGACACGACCCACAGCAUGCGGCACAGGCUUGUGCAUAUCUUCGGCGGGCAUCAGAUCACCAGGCAGAUCGGAUGGCUGCUUAUAGGUCUGUUUGCGCCAGAAUUGAUUGCCUAUGCUGCCUUUAGGCAAUAUUGGGAUGUGAAGUCAUUGCAAGCAUUCAUGGAACGCGUAUAUCUGCAGCCAGCCCGACCGCAGAGCUGGUGGCCCGCUCUGCUGAACAGUCGCCGGCUCAACCGCAGUUCGGAUGUCGAGGAUACGAGCACCAAACACAUAUGGACAUUGACGCACAGCUGGUACGCCGUGAUGGGAGGCUACAGCUACAAGCUGCGUGACGGGCCGAAGGUAUUCCUCCCCGACGACCACAGCCGCGAGCAGCUAGUGUUGAGAGACGAGGCACUGCGCUUCGUGGCCGAGCACGAGCCGUCCGUGAUACCAAACCUGUCCGUGCUCGAUAUCUUGGACAAGAGCAGCUCGAGCACCUUUGUGAAGAUCAUCGCCCUGUUCCAGGCCCUGUGGUUCAGCCUGCAAUGCGUCGUCCGCAUGGCCCAGGGUCUUUCGAUUUCUCUGCUGGAGCUGACAACAUUCGCACACUGCAUCGUUGCCCUGAUCAUUGGUUGGCUGUGGCUUCGCAAGCCUGUGGACAUCUCGAAACCAGAUCCACUCAACAUGCCCGACACCGUCAGCCAGCCACACUGGCUCAUCGCGAUUCUGUACUCACUGACUAGCUUCGACCACAACGAGUGUGACGAGGACAGGUACACGAAGCUGGGACGAGCCGAGCAGGCCGCGGUCCAGGAAUACACGCCCGAGGCCCCACGGGCGUCGACGUACCUCGAUGCAACCAUCAACCAGGACCCGAUCACCUUCAGCGACCUGAACCUCCACGGCGGCCGUCCCCAGUCAUCAGCCGUCAGCAUGGGCCGGCCAACGACGGGCGUUCCAAGCCGGCCAACAACCUCCCGACCUACACCAGCCAGCCCGUGGGCACUCCUCACCCCUCCAGCCCGGGACCACGACGCGGACCAGUCCACCACGGCCGGCGCCGCCAGCCUAAGCGAGCUCGUCCAAGCAGCCGCAGACCAGGAGCGCCGCUUCCGGGCCCGGAUGCAGAUGGCGCAGAAGGGCUGGGACCACUACAUCCUGGACCGGCACCCGCACGAGGAGCCCACCCCAGCCACCACCGCCCCCGCCACCACGACGGCGACACCGGCCCACCCCGGCGAGAGCAGGCACCGCGCCCAGCGGCGCCUGAAGCGCACGAUGCGCAACACGCUCGUGGACCGCGUGACCAACUUCCCGCGGCGGCGGCACGACGGCAUCCCGCAGGAGCAGCACGCGUUCAAGACGCACCUGGGGAUCAGCCUGACGGGGUUCCUGUACGGGGGGCUGCACAUGCUGGCGUGGGACGCGUCCUUCACGAGCGGCGCCGAGGCGGCGCUGUGGAAGCUGGCGUCGGUGAGCCUCGCGUGCAGCGGGCUGCUGGUGCCCGUCGCGCACGCCGAGGGCGUCAUACUGAAUGCCGUGCGGCCCUGGCUCAUGAUGGACGAGGAGGACCGCGACGCCGAGGAGGCGGAGCACCUCGCCGAGAAGGAGGCGCGGCUCGGGCGGUGGGAGCACGGGUGGCGGCGGUGGUGGUGGAUGUUUUAUAAGUGGUGCUUCCUGUGGAUGAUCGAGGUCAUCCGCGUCGUCAAGGUCGUGGGGAUUGUCGUUGUCGGGUGUAUCUACCUCGGCCUGCGGUUCUUUAUCUUUGUCGAGUGUCUGGCGAACCUGUCGCACCUGCCGCCCUCGGCGUAUGAUGUUGUUCGGUGGUCGCAGUAUGUGCCUCAUAUCAGCUAGACAGCCUGAGGUGGGAAUGUGGCUGGGUGGGUAGGUACAGCAGUAGAUGCGCAAGGGCGGCUCAUGGUGGGUACCUACGCGCUCACUGGAAAGAAAGGACGAUUUCAAGCUUAGGAUUGGGAUUCUGGCAAGCGUUUGUUUUUCAGAUCAUCGGUACGAUCACCUGGAUGAAUCCAUGCUGGGGGUAUUGAUGUAGUUGAAUGUGCGGCACGAGGCUGAGGCCAUGUGCCCACAGACGUUUCGUAGUACUCUACACUAUGAUUAGCAUUGUCUUCUUUUUUUUAGAGAUUAGAUAUUCACACCCGCUAAAACGGAGGGUACACCCAUACCAGGGAACUCGGAGAUCAAAAUGCGUAUUUUCGCGCCAAACCACAAAAAAA